AGUUCACCGCUGCACGUGGUUGAAUCAACAUGGCAGCGCCCUGUACAUUUUAGCAACAAGUAGAACUGAGAGUAAAUGUGAGAAGCAUCAACAGAGAGAUGGCAGAUGUUAGUGACAGCCCAGGGGCUGAUACUCCGCCCUCAACAGAGGACAGGCCCGAUGACAGGCCCGAUGACCUCCCCCAGAACUCCACCAAUGAGGAUGUCAAGUCUGACUCCAAAGCCGAAGGAGGCAACGAGGCAGCCUGUGACCCCAGCAUGUACCGCUACAUCAAAGAGGACCUCUUCACAUCUGAGAUCUACAAAGUAGAGAUCAGGAAUCUCCCCAAAUUCACUGGUUUUAACGACCUGAAGAAGUUCCUGGCCAAACACAGCAUCAACCCGCACAAAAUCAAGCUGUUUGGCAAGCAGACGUUCGCCUUCGUCACCUUCAAGAAUGAGGAGGAGCGUGACAAGGCCAUGAAGAUGGUUCACGGCAUGCAGUGGAAGGGCCAGGUGCUGAGCGUCAGGCUGGCCAAACCUAAAGCAGACCCCAUCCUGAGGAAGAGGAAGCAGGAGGAGGGAGAGGGCGCGGGAGGGCAGCCCCCGUCCAAACGAGCAGAGGGGGAGGAAGAAGAGGAGCCGCACAGUGUCCAGAUAGCCAACGUGGUGACUCCUCUGUGGAACGUGCCGUACGAGGAGCAGCUGAAGAGGAAGGAGCAGGAGGUGGUGGGGGUUCUUCAGAGGCUGGCAAAAGAGAUUGGCAGCACCAACAAAGCCAUGUUGCCAUGGCUGUUUGCGCAGAAAGGGAAAUACAACAAAAUGUGUUGUUCUCUGGAACCUAUCCGACCAUCUCCCACACAGACUGAAUACAGAAACAAGUGUGAGUUCCUCAUCUCAGUGGGUGCAGACGGUGAGGAUAAGACCAUCGGUUUUCGCCUGGGAAAAUAUAAAGGUGGCUCCUGUGCCGUGGUGGGGCCGGCUGAGACGCGUCACGUCUCAGCCGAGGCCAAGAGAGUGGUCAGCGAGUUUCAGAAGUUCAUCAGGACAACAUCAUACUCUGUGUACAGUCCUGAAACAUAUGAAGGACACUGGAAGCAGCUGACUGUGAGGACUACGAGGACCAAACAAGCCAUGGCUGUUGUGUUCUUCCAUCCACAGAAACUUGAAGAGGAGGAAGUCAAUGCAUUAAAGAGCUCCAUGAAGGAGUACUUUACAGAAGGAGAGGGGAAAGAGAGCGGAGUAACAUCUCUUUACUUUGUCAGAGAGGGUCAAAGGACUUCUCCGAACCUGGAGGACCUGCCCUGUGAGCUGGUGGCUGGAGAGGGCAGCAUUCAUGAGGAACUCUUAGGCCUAAAGUUCAGAAUCUCUCCUCAUUCCUUCUUCCAGGUGAAUACAGGAGCUGCAGAGGUGCUGUACUCUGCUGUGGGGGAAUGGGCCCAGCUGGAUCAGGACAGCACCGUACUGGAUGUGUGCUGUGGGACGGGAACCAUCGGCAUCUCUCUGGCUAAGAGGGUGAAGAAGGUGAUUGGGAUUGAACUGUGCCAGGAAGCCGUGGAGGACGCCAAAGUUAAUGCAAAGCUCAAUGGUCUCAGUAAUGUUGAGUUUCACUGUGGAAAAGCUGAGGACGUGUUCCCCAACAUUCUCAAUGCUCUUGUGUCACCCAACCUCACAGCCAUUGUGGAUCCACCACGGGCGGGCCUACAUUCCAAGGUGAUACUUGCCAUCAGGAGGGCAGAGCAUCUGAAGAGGCUGGUUUAUGUGGCAUGCAAUGCUAAAGCAGCCAUGAACAACUUCAUUGAUCUGUGCAGAGCGCCAUCCAACAGAGUUCACGGGGCCCCGUUCCGUCCGGUACGAGCCAUGGCCGUGGAUCUGUUCCCUCAGACCAUGCACGUUGAGAUGCUUCUGCUGCUGGAGAGAGUGGACUACGACUCCCAGCAGCAGAACACCAGCAGCAAUAAGGAAGAGACAGGGCGCUGGCCUUUGAUAGGUAGCACGGGCUUUCCAUACGAGAAAUGUUUGCACACUCAGUACUUCAAGGAGCCUUGAAAUUAAUGUGCACAAUAGCAUUCUUUGCUGUCAUUUGUUAGUAUCUGUAAGGCUGCAGUCUUAACUUUUAAGGGCCAGUUCAUCAUCCAUAAUGCAAUUCACCAAUCUGUCUCAUCCAGUUAAAUUCUUAUUUUGUAAAGUUAUGGUUAAUUUGUGCUUUAAUACAGUAUGCAUUGUACUGCGUGUGCUUAAUUGAGCUUUCUGGACUGUCACUUUGCCUGUUAAACCUUUUUUAGUUUGAGAAUGUUUGUCAGCAGUUUACUUAAAAGUAGGUAACUUUAUGAGUUACGGCAAUAAAGCUUACCUAGAUUUAACUUGUAGUUUUUGCUUUCCUGAAACCGACUCCUUGUUAAAAGAGACAAACAUAAUGGCUUAACCUAUUAAAAGUGCCACAUAAGUUUAACCUCCUCUUGUGUCUUAAUCUUUCGUGAUUCUGCAACUGAAUAAAAAAGAGCCUUUCUAGUCAUUAGUCAAGACAUUUUAUUUUGCAUAACAAAUAUCACUGAAGUCAUUGAGCUCAGGUUGCAAUACAUACUUCAUUUUCUAGGCAGCAACAUCUCAAACAAUUCAUCGGUACAACUCAACAGCAACACAUGUAAAAGCAGUUAUUUUUAUUCUUCUCACACCAACACACACGUGGCGAGACAAACGCACAGAGAGGAAAGCACAUUCUUAAAGCAAUCUACAAUAUCACAACAGCCUUGUGUAACAACUGUGAUGUGUCCUUGUAUAUUUUUGUAGAAAACCCACAGGCAGAAUACUUGACGAAGAAUGCACAGCAGUUUCUAUUUUGUUCCAGCAAGUAAUGUGUCUAUGUAUUUUCCUGUGUUAUACAUGUUUCUACUGUACAGUUUGCAGCAACAUUAAGUAUUCUAUAAAAUGCAUAAGACUGUAUGUAAGCUUUGGUAUACACACUUUCACCAGCUUGUGUUGGACUAAAUGACUUUUGUUCGUCAGUGUACCAACGAAAUUUUGCAAGGCUGCCUUUUGAAAAAUGUAUUCUACUUGUGGUCAGAAAACAUGAUCGACUGUCACGAUGAUGGCAAACAUACACAAACAAAAUACACAAUUCGUUAAGAGAAGUCUUAAAAAUCUGCACAUGCUGGAGGCAUUUUUUUCCCUUAAGUAUCUUUUGUUUUACAGGCUGUCUUCGUUAAUAUACUAAUUGGCUUAAUAAAUGCUUUAUCAAGUAAAAGGGGGAGGGGGCUUGGUCUUUCCACUUCCUGUUGAAGGGUUUUUUAGGUCCAACAUACUUUAUUAUACUCUGAGCCCUUCAUGAAAUGGAUUAACUAAGGCAACAUGUAGCCAAUGUGAUUUCUUAUGGGUACCAAAACUUAAACUGAAAUGUACCUUAUGGGUGGUUGAUGUGCAUGGCAUUAGUACUUUAAUAAAAAGCUAGCAAAAACUAGCAUAAAAGACAUUAUGCUUUGCCUUAAACGUAUUACAGUACUGUGUGCUUGGGUUUACUGCAGUGUUGGCAUGGGGAGCAGGACGACACUUUCUUAUAUUGCCAAAGCAAAAAAGGGAAAAAAAGGCAACAAGUCCCUUCAAAAUGCAAGUCACCCCAAAAGCAGUUACUCCUGUACCGACAGCAUGUUCAGUCAACAAAAAUAUCUGACAGGACAUAGGAGUGCAUAACAAUAGUUCUGAAUAGUUAUCACUUCACAACGCAUGUUUUUAUCGUGCAAACCGAGACAGCAACUGUCAAUUUUGAGGAAAAAAAACAAAACGGCACCCAAAAUAUCCAAAACACCGACCAUUAAAAUACCCAAUAAAACAAGUAACUUUGUUUCCCAAUUAAAUGAAUGGUAUAAAUACACACGUAUUAGUAGUCCCUUUCAAAUACUUUAAGCACAAACAAAACUAAUAGUGCUGGUACUCUUGAGAACAUCACUUCAAAACAAAACCUAGGUGUCUAGUGGUAUUUGCGGUCAAUAAAGCAUGCACUUUUAUUUCGAUGUGGUUCACAUGUUAUCAAGUCUCUGCAGCCUGGGUGGGUUUUUUUCUAGUGCCAUAGUGAGGAUGCUUCUAGAGAGGUAGACAAGAUUCGCUCUACUGCCUGUUAGUGCAUUUAGACCUACCUUUACAUCUACCAGCUGAACCAAUAAAACAUGGGCGAAGGAAGCAAGCAGUUCUACCGGCCUGGUCAAUGUGGAACUAUAUUGCCAUUAGAUUUCAGUGAUGCAUAAUUAAGAGAUGGAUGGUGGCGUGUGAUGUCUGACAGUGACUGGGUUUCAGUGCCGUGGUUCAUCAGUGAUUUUCAGACUUAGACGUCAACAGUGCAGAGGGGUUCACUCC